GCGAGCAGGCCGGGCUGCGCAAGGCUAGCGCUCCGCCAGUCACUAGGCUGGAGCCCGCGCGGCAACACCUGUUCGCGGCUGCAGGACGCACACGAUCUCCGGACGCUGCUCCCUUGCUCUCCUUCGGCAAACCAAGCUGAACCAAUGGACCUCCACCGAGCUGCCGCACGAUUCUAGAUCCCAGGUUUAGACGCCUAAAGUUUUCUUCUUUUUUGCUUUAUCAUAUUAUUGAUUUUUUGGAGGGGUGUGCAGAAGGGGAGAGCCUUCACCGCUUUCAACGUGAGAUUUUUUUUUCCGCUGGAAGGAUUCUUGCUGAUGUCUGCAGAGUCGGUUAGAGUAAAAACGGCGCAUGCCUUCCCCAGAGUCAGGACCCGUGGAUUCUGACGUAGCCUGUGCAUCUUAGAAAUCCUAUAAUAACGCCUAGACAUUGAAGUUGCUAUGGUCAUUUCGAUCUGGAACCAAAUGGAGAAACUACGGAUUUUUUCCCUUUUGACGGCCGGCUGGGAUGCAGACCUUCCUGCUUGCUAGGAGCCGGGAUCUACCCGUAGAGAUACAUAGAUGUGUUUAUCACUAUGUCAGUGUGUGAGUAUACAGCACUGGUUUCGUAGGUUAUUAGUGGUUUGACCUUGAACCUGUGCCAGUGAAACGGCAGAUUACUUUUAUUUAUGCAUUUCAUGGAUUGAAGAAAACAACGUGUGCCCCCCCGCCCCCCUUCCCCUGCAACCGCAGUAAGGGAGGGGAGUUGGAUAUACCUCGCCUAAGAUCUCCCGGGUUGGCACCAUCAUUAUUGUUUAUCUCUGUGCUCCAGGCAGCCCAGCCUUCUGAUGGCUCCCUUAGGUGAAGUUGGGAACUAUUUCGGUGUGCAGGAUGCAGUACCGUUUGGGAAUGUGCCCGUAUUGCCGGUGGACAGCCCGGUCUUGCUAAGUGACCACCUGGGUCAGUCCGAAGCAGGGGGGCUUCCCCGGGGGCCAGCAGUCACAGACUUGGAUCAUUUAAAGGGGAUUCUCAGGCGGAGGCAGCUCUACUGCAGGACUGGAUUUCACUUGGAAAUCUUCCCCAAUGGUACCAUCCAGGGAACCAGGAAAGACCACAGCCGUUUCGGCAUUCUGGAAUUUAUCAGUAUAGCUGUGGGCCUUGUCAGCAUUCGAGGUGUGGACAGUGGACUCUACCUUGGCAUGAAUGAGAAGGGGGAGCUGUACGGAUCGGAAAAACUAACCCAAGAAUGUGUAUUUAGAGAACAGUUUGAAGAAAACUGGUAUAACACGUACUCUUCAAAUCUCUAUAAACAUGUGGACACUGGAAGACGAUACUAUGUUGCUUUAAAUAAAGACGGGACCCCAAGAGAAGGAACGAGGACUAAACGCCACCAGAAAUUCACACAUUUUUUACCAAGACCAGUGGACCCCGACAAAGUACCUGAGCUAUAUAAGGAUAUUCUCAGCCAAAGUUGACAAAGACCAUAUUUUCACUUGAGCCCUUAAAAAAGUAACCACUAUAAAGGUUCUGUGCAGUGGGUUCUUAUUGAUUAGCUGUCAUCACAUCUGCUCCACUGUUGCCAAACUUUGUCGCAUGCAUAAUGUAGGAUGGAGGCUUGGAUGGGGACAUGCUGAUUUUGUCUUGCACUUAGGGGCCUGUCCUCUGGGAGGCCUGCCUGUGCCCACCUGAUUUAUUGGGAGAAGAGGAGAGAAGAUGGGAUGGGGGGAGGAUGUGAGUGUGGGAGUAGAUAAGCAGCAGGGAAUGCAAAGACAGGAGCAAAGUAGAAGAUGAUGGCCUGAUGCAUGCUGGGGAAUAGGCAGACUUUCACAUGUCCGAUCAGCUGUCCUUCAGCCAGUAUCAGCACAGCUACCGCACUUGGACUCAUCAGGAUCUGCUUGUGGCCUGCACAAGGACACACUGCAUUUUCAGAGGCAUGGAGGGUGCAGUCUUACUUAAGAGACGUUUUCGGUUAAUUCUCACUGGUACCAUCCCAGUGAAUUUAAAGCAAAGACCUCUUAGUAAAAAAAAAAAAAUUAAAUUUAUUUAUAGAAAUUCCAAAGGCAACAUUUUAUUUAUUUUAUAUAUUUAUUUAUUAUAUAGAGUUUAUUUUUAAUGAAAUAUGUACAGGCCAGAUAGGCAUUUUGGAAGCUUUAGGCUGUGUAAGCAUUAAAUGGGAAAGUCCGCUAUAAACCUGUGGUGAAUUCAUGCAAGUGAAUAUAACUUUGCAUGGAUAUGAGAAAUUCUGAUGACCCUUAAUGUACUGAAGGUGACAAUCUCUUUUGUGCCCAUAUUAUUGUAACUUAUGCACAUCAUUCAUGACACUGAGUAUUCACUCUUCAGACUGCUUGUUUCAUAGCUUAUCCCAGAGGAUUAAAGAUAAACUGGGUCUCAAACUUUUAUUUUGUGUCUGUACUAUUUACUCUUUCGUAAGUGACUGAUGUCAUUCUUGUCACGGUUGGAAAAUAUGAGGGUCAGUAUAUAUUUGACUUGUCUAAAUCUCUUGCAGAAUAUACCAAAGCUAAUCAGUAGCCAUGCUUUUAUUUUAGCCGGUCUCCAGAACAACAGGAUGAAUAUCAAACAUUGUACUGAUUGAGAAUUCUCAAAAAGGAAAAAAAAAAAAAAAGCUUCCAUAGCACUGUUUUUUUUAAAGGGACACCUGAACCAGAUUAGUAGGAUCAUUCUUGUAAAAUUUUUAUUUGUAAAUUUGGUUAUCAAAUAUGAAAUUAUAAAAGCACUGGAGGGGUCAUUGUAACAUUUUUUAUAGAAAAUUGCUUUUGGUGUGAACUGUCAUAAUACAUGGUAACAGACCCUUCAAGUAAAACUUUCAAAUGAAACUAAUAGGUCUUCAUUAAUAAUGACAACAUGGGGAAAGUAUUAUACUUGUUGACUGUGUUGUGUUUUUAAAAAGGUCUUCAUAAGCACUCAGUUUUUUUAGAGGGGAGGUUACUGUAUAGAAUAUCUUUUACAAGGCUUUUAUAAGAUUUUAUGCUGAAAAGCAUAAGAAUACAUAUUUCUUUAGUAGCAAUAAUUUUCGAACUUGCCUUUGGGCAAGGGGAACUAUUCCUUACUAUAUCUAAGGAGAAAAGAGCCAAAUUCUUAAAGCAAUAUUUACAAAAAAGGAAUUUUUAACAAAUUCUCAUCCACAGGGAACAGUGUCUAGUCAGUUAUGUUGGGAAAUUGAAAGUGACAGUUAAAAAAAUGUGUUGGGAUUUAUGUAGCUAAUUUUAAAAUGUAAUAUUCCAACUUUGUUUUGCGCUGAUGCACAUUCUCUAUGAAAAAUAAAUGUCACUGGUGAGUUAAAGCUGUUUCAAAGUAGAAAUCUGUAACUUACUGAUGUGAGCACAUGUGACCCUUCUGAGGUCCAAGCUGGAGUCCACAAAGCCCUCCUGUUGAUGGGCAUUAAGGAAAUGUGAAGUCUAACCUCUGGAAUUAAGAAAUAUUUGGGGGGAAAGGACUGAAGCGAUGUAAGAUAGUUGAUUUAUGAUAAAGGUCAGAAUGCGCUCGUCAUUUAUUUUCUUGUUUUGUAAAAACUUUCUAAAGAGAAACUGCAUUUAAUCCCAAAACGUAGUAGUCUUAUUUAUUACUUAACCCUUUGCUGCUGCUAAAAUGUGCACAUAUUCAGGCUCUAGUUUUUCCAAAAGGCAUUUAAUAUUUUUGACUGAAAAACAUUAAACAUCUAGUCACAGGGAAGAAUUAAGUUUCUAGGAUGUCAUGGGUACAAUAU